GGGCGGGGCGCGUCGGGCCGGGCCGCGGCGGCGAUGAAGCGCGAUCGGCGCGGCCGGUUCCUGGCGGCCGCGGGCGGCCCCGGCAGCCCCGAGCCCCGGCGGCGGCCCGGAGCGGCCUCCCGCGGCCCCGAGGCGGCCGAGCCCCCCGCGGGGUGGGCCCCGGCGGCCGCCGCCUGGACGCGGCCUGGCGCCCUCAGCGCGGCCUCGGAGGCAGGAAUCGGCAGGGCCCUGAGCACCGGCUACUGUCGCCUCUGCCACGGGAAGUUCUCCUCCAGGAGCCUGCGGAAUGCCUUCGGGAAGGUGCCGGUGAUGGGGGAGAACUCGGAGAAGCAGCGCCGGGUGGAUCAGGUCUUCUUCACCGACUUCCAGCGGCUGGUGGGCGUGGCGGUGCGGCAGGACCCCGCGCUGCCCCAGUUCGUCUGCAAGAAAUGCCAUGCCCAGUUCUACAAGUGCCGCAGCGUCCUCCGCACCUUCAUCCAGAGGGUGAACGCCUCUCCCACCGGCCACGCCAAGGCCAAAGGAAAGAGCGGCGCGGUGCAGCCCCAGCCGGGCGCCGAAGGAGCUGCUGCCUGCCUGGUCGACCUGAUCACCUCCAGCCCCCAGUGCCUGCACAGCCUGGUGACCUGGGCACACGCCCACGCUGGGGGCUGCCCCUCAGCACCCAGCCUGCAGAGCGUCCUCUCCUCCGAGUACUGCGGCAUCAUCCGCGCCGUCUGGGGCUGCGGCCACGGCCACGACUACGUGAUGGACACGGACUCGGACUGUAGCUCCCUGCUGGUCGACAACGCCUUGUCUGUCAAACGGGAGUGGAACAAGAGCACAGCCCAGUGCUUGACUGACAAUGGGGCAGACAGUGCCGAGGCUGUUCCUGCUCCCAGAGCAAGGACGAGUCCCUGCCAGCAGCCCACAAACAAAGGGACUGCAUUGGUGCUGCUGGAUGUGGAGAACGAGCCGCCACAGAACAGGGAUUCAUCUCACUCACAACUGGACAGUGAGACCUCCUGCCAGGAGAAAGCCCCGCCGCAGCCCGUGUCCCCCCUGAGUGCUGCCCCAGGACAGUUGAGUGAGAAGCAGGUUCUGUCUGCAACGUCGGAUGAGCGGGUAAAAGACGAGUUCAGUGACCUUUCUGAGGGGGACUUCUUGAGUGACGAUGAAAAUGAGAAGAGAAAUGUGCAAUCUUCAGACGACUCCUUCGAGCCUUACCCUGAGAAGGUUUCUAGCAAGAAAAGUGACAGCAAAGAAACAAAGAAGGCAGAAGAGCCCAAAAUAAGGAAGAAGCCGGGGCCUAAGCCAGGCUGGAAAAAAAAAAUCAAAUGUGAAAGGGAGGAGCUGCCAACCAUCUACAAGUGUCCUUACCAGGGCUGCACAGCUGUCUACAGAGGGGCAGAUGGCAUGAAGAAACACAUCAAAGAGCACCACGAAGAGGUUCGGGAGAGGCCCUGUCCUCACCCAGGCUGCAACAAGGUGUUCAUGAUUGACCGGUACCUACAGCGCCACGUCAAGCUGAUCCACACAGAGGUACGGAAUUACAUCUGUGAUGAGUGUGGGCAGACCUUCAAGCAACGCAAACACCUCUCAGUCCACCAGAUGAGGCACUCGGGAGCAAAGCCCCUCCAGUGUGAAAUCUGCGGGUUCCAGUGCCGCCAGCGCGCGUCCCUCAAGUACCACAUGACCAAACACAAAGCUGAGACAGAGCUGGAGUUUGCCUGUGACCAGUGUGGGAAGCGCUUUGAGAAGGCCCAUAACCUUAAUGUCCACAUGUCCAUGGUGCACCCUCUGACUCAGACUCAGGACAAAGCCAAGCCACUGGAGCCAGAGCCCAUUCUCCUCCUCAACACUUCAGGGACUUCAGAAAGCCAGGUGGUUAAACCAGAAGUGACUGUGCAGCCAGAGCCCACCUGAAGGGACCAGGGACACUUCCCCAGUCCAGCCCUGUAGAAACUGUACGGCAGAGGAGAUGGUUCAUCUAUGUUUUAGUCUCCCAAGGAACUCAGUGGAAUUAGCUUCAGCUUGCUCAGAAAAGGCUUGUUCUCAUGCUGUGAUUCUCCGUGCUCACGUCCAGUUCAGCAGUGUCGUACUAAGAGUCUGUCUCAUCCCUGGAGAGGGGACGUGGGCAGCAAGCCCUCUGUCCUCCUUCUCCCCACACACACAGUGUCUAAACGAUGUUGGCCACAACCCUUCCCUGCCUACUCAAGCUGCUGCCUGGACAGAAGUGCCCUCAGCAGCCCCAAGUGUACAGAGGACAGAGGAGCAACUUCAAGCAGACAUUUUGUUUUGGAAAAAAAAAAAAAAAAAAAAAAGAAUUAUUUCCAAAGCAAGUCUAAACUGAAAUUUGUAACCAACUUUUUAUUGUAACAAGAGCUUCAUGGUUAUGCUUGUAAUAAAUUAUUUACAAAGUAA